AUGUGGAAUUUCGAUUUUAGGUACAGACAAUCUCGAUUCAGUUCGCGAAGAGUUCGUAAAAGAGUCGUUUUUAAACAUGGCGAUGUUAAUGUCAUACAAGGGAACGUUGCAAAAAGAAGAAGAAAAUAUUUACAGGAUAUAUUUACAACCCUUGUCGACGCACAAUGGAGAUGGACUCUACUUGUUUUUAGCUUAAAUUUUCUAUUAAGUUGGUUAUUAUUCGCAUUAAUAUGGUGGCUCAUUGCUUUUUCACACGGAGAUUUAGACCCUAAAAACAAUGCCAUAGUUGCUGCUUACACGAAUGAAACAUUUCAAAAUCCACAUUGGGUGCCUUGCGUAGUGGGAAUAAAUAGUUUUGCUUCUUGCUUUUUAUUCAGUGUCGAAACUCAACAUACGAUCGGGUUUGGGACACGUUCGACAAGCGAAGAAUGUCCAGAAGCUAUUUUUGUCAUGUGUAUACAAAGUAUAGUGGGUGUUAUGAUUCAAGCUUUUAUGGUCGGUAUUGUUUUCGUUAAACUUUCCAGACCUAUUAAAAGAACUCACACUCUACUUUUUAGCAGAAACGCAGUUAUAUGCCAAAGAGACGGCGUUCUCUGUCUUAUGUUUCGAGUGGGAGACAUGAGAAAAUCUCACAUAAUAGAAGCUCAUGUUCGAGCACAAUUAAUUCGCCUCAAUAGUACCGAAAAUUACGAAUUAAGGAGAACGUCAUCAGAAGUUAUUGAUGUUAAUAGUGUGGAUUCUCGUGUAUUUUCUCAUAAUGCUAGAAAAUUAAUAAAUUCUGUUACGGCUAACGAAACAAGAGCCAUACAAAAUGGCGAAGCUAGAAGAAUCUGUAGCGAAUCCUCUGAUAAAGAUCCACUUAUUGAAAAUACAAAAGAACUUCCGGAUGACGAAUCGAAAGAAGAACCGACAGAAAGACUACAAUUGUUAAAAUUAAAUUCUCCUUUAGAAAAUAAUAAAAUUACAUUAAAUUCUUUAACGCCAAUAAAAUUCGAUACGGAAAAAAAAUCAGGUUUUACAAUAGGAGAAAAAUUGGAAGAAAUCAAGGUUGUUAAUGUUCCCGGACCAGAAAGCAGAAUAUAA